CGCCAUGGCCGACAUACGCACGUUGCGCACGGAAGAACAUCGCGCCUGCGCUAUUCACUUACCAUAAUCGCAUCGUUGCGCAAAGCGUUUGCGGAAGAAUCGGCCAGAGUUAUCGCCACAACAACAGUCUCGCUUUCGACAACAGUUUCGCUUCAAGGAUACUUGUGGGUCUCUCAAGAACACAUCCCUGGAAAUGUCUCCUGUAUGACCUCAACCGUCGUCAUAUGUUUGUGUAUCUGGUGUUGUUGCUAUCAUAACUCACAUUGCUUUUAUCGUGACAUCCGCAUUGUAUGUGGAACACAAUAGGUGCAGAAGCGUAGCGGUUCCACUACUCCGGCACAAAAUGGAGGGAAAUGAUAGAGGAACUGCACUAAAGUGCGUAUUCUCGUCUGGCUGCCUGCGAUGUGCCGUACGUUUUGUAGUCGUAGUCAUGUGGAUCUUAUGAAUAGGAUACAUACGCGUAGUUGUGCACUAGCCUGCGAUGUUGAGAUGCGUAUUUCAACGGCCAGCACUAUGUCUGGUGAAACAGUGUGUCCCUAUGCGUACCACUCAGACGGCUUCAGUUCUAGCCCGUUCGUGUCUCCUACGGACAAAAGGAUGUGAACAUAGAGUGAGUGCAGCGUGUGUUGAGCGUGAAGUCUUCCGAAGUUUGUCUUCCGAUAAGAAGCACGCACCUUUGGCGUACGACCCCCGCGUUACGCAUGUGGCUUCAAAGAGAACUCUGGCAGAUCGGUUUGUGAGUUCCUGCCCCGAGGAGCUACAACCUUACCUACGGCUGAUGCGACUCGACAAACCCAUAGGGUCGUGGCUAUUAGCCUGGCCAGGUUUCUGGAGCAUAGGACUAGCUGCAGAAUCAGGAUCUCUGCCGGACCUUUGGCUUCUAACGCUGUUCGGUGCUGGAGCUGUCCUGAUGCGAGGUGCAGGGUGCACCAUCAAUGAUAUGUGGGACCGUGAUAUCGAUAAGAAGGUGGAAAGGACAAAGAAUCGUCCCUUGGCUCGAGGAGACCUGACGAGGUUCGACGCACUAGUCUUUGCUGGGGGUCUGCUCGCCUUGUCGGACAUAAUUCUCCUUCAGCUCAACUGGUACAGUAUUGUGCUCGGAGCUAGCUCCCUCAUGUUAGUCACCGUGUACCCAUUAAUGAAGCGGAUUACCUACUGGCCUCAACUCGCCCUUGGCUUAACCUUCAACUGGGGAGCCCUCCUGGGCUGGGCCGCCGUCCACGGCUCGUGCGAUUGGACUGUUGUGCUUCCACUUUACAUGGCCACCAUGUCCUGGACUCUCGUCUAUGACACAAUCUAUGCACACCAGGACAGAGUAGACGAUGCCAUUAUAGGCAUGAAGUCAACUGCCCUGAAGUUUGGCAAACAGACCAAGCCAUGGCUUUGGGCAUUUGCGUGUAGCAUGGUUGGAAACCUGACUCUGUGCGGAUGGACAUCUGGUCAAUCGUGGCCAUUUUACUUGGCUACAAUAGCAACUGCAGGACAUUUGGCUACCCAGAUCAAGACGCUAAAGCUGGACGACGCUGGCGAUUGUGGCCGAAAGUUCGUUGCCAACAGACAAGUGGGCUUCAUAAUGUUCCUCGGUAUUAUCUGCAGCAGCCUACUCAAGUAGAGACUGCUUCGAAUUAUUUUCUGUUACAGUAGGGCGAUAAUAUAUAUUACAAAAACACUCGUUAAUGGUUAUACAAAAAUAAAACUUAAGUUUUAAUAA